UCUAUUAGUAUUGAAAAUUCUAUUCAAACUAGUCAUAAUUCGAACGACGAGCAGUUUUGUUAGAUAUAUAGUCGAAUGUGGUGAAAAUCAUACUCUUUCUACUCUAGACAUUUUGUUAUGAAGAUUAAACUGAAAAACUAAUGUAAUAUAAGCGUGGUUUAGAAUAGACCAUGCCUUUUCUUACUGUUGAACACUACAAAAAGUCUAUUUCGGACCAAGUUCUAGAUCGCUGGAAUAAAACAUCAUGGAUUUUAGUAUUAAAAAUAGUAUUAGCUAUAUUUGUGACAGUGUUCUUAGCGUAUACUGCCUACAUUACUCUAUACAUUUUAAAUGAGUUCGUUUUUCGGUUGCACGAUUACAAUCAUGAGUGCAGGAAAUGCGGCAGCGGAAGUGAGCACGGUCAGGUCCCCAGACGCAUCCACCAGAUAUACUACGCCCAGGACCCCGUGACCGGCAUCCCUCAGGAGCUCAAAGACGCUCAACAAACGUGCCGCGACCACAACCGGAACUACGAGUUCACGGUCUGGAAUGAAAGUAUGGUGGUGGCGCUGCUUGAGGAGAACUACCCAGACCUGCUGCCGCUGUACCGAAGUUACCAGAAGUGGGUGUGGCGCACCGACAUGGCCAGAUACAUUCUCGUCUUUCACUUCGGGGGAUUCUACAUGGACAUGGAUAUGAAAUGUAUAGCUGGGUUGGAAUCCAUACGCCAAGGUUCAAUUAAGAACGGAAGUAGCGUGAUCACGCGGCUGACGGACCCCUGGGGAUUCUCAAAUGACUUCAUCGCCGCCUCGCCUCGCCACCGUUUCAUGUGGAGUGUCGUGUCCGUUGCCACACGCCAAACGAUGGUUCAUAUUCCCGUACGCCACAAAUAUGUUCUCUAUAGGUACGAUGUUUUUCUGGGGCCGCUACCUGAACUAUGCGCACAAAGGCGAGUUUUACAUUCUGUCGGACUACCACGAUUACAUCGUGCACUUUCACGCCGGCUCAUGGCACCACUGGGACGGCCAUAUCAUCUGGUUCCUGUUUAACCGUCCCAACCUAUGCUGGUUUCUCCUCACCUCUACAUGCACUGUCGUGUUUUUGAUCUGCAUCUGUGUACGCAAGAAGGAUAAAAUCCAUUUUGGAAAAGUGUACGAACGAUUGGCCGCACCAAAACGAGGCCUUACCUCGU